AAAAUCUAGAGGGGGGAUUCAAUAUAUGAAUGUUAGAUUUUCUAUACAACCUGCCAUUUCCAAAUAUUGAAGACAGUUUAUUUCUAUAAAUUUACUUCACUGGUGGAAACAGCGUCAGUCCUUUUGUCUCGCUGUUCCCGUUGCUCAUCAUUUCGUUCACCCCCAGAAAUGAUAUGGAACAGCCCAAUAGUACAGGCAGCUUGCGGUAAAGUGACCCACCAUGCCAGGACUGGUUGUGUUUGGGCGGCGAUGGGAGAUUGCCAGUGAUGAUCUGCUGUUUCCUGGUGGACUGGAGAUCUUCAUAAGGGCGAUAUGGCUUCUGGCAAUCUCCAUUGUCUACAAUGAGCACAGAGACUUACUGAAAUGUGCAGAUGGCAAUCUGCUGGCAGCAUAUCUGAUAGGAGUUAUAGUACAACUAUGUCUCAUCAUUGUCAUCAAUGCCUGGAUCGUCCACGUCAGCAUGCAAGGGACCAUCACCAACUACAGGCCUAGGAAACAAAUGCCCUCAUUGUUGUAUGUACGCUUUGCACUUUAUAUACCAGAGCUGGCUUGGGACAUCAUCGGAACCUACUGGACAUUCCGUGACCAUGUCGGCUGCAAUAGGGAUGUGGUGGCCAUAGUGGAAGGAGCGGUCAUUUUCAGCUGGAUCAUCCUUGUGAUCACGGUUGUGGGGAUCGCCGUGAUCUUUGACCCGUUGGGGUCCAGGAACCGGUUCUCAUACUGGCCAGAGGAACAGCAGGGUCUGGAGAGCGGUGAAACGGACCAGUUGAUGACGUCAGCACGAUCUGCUGCCGCUCGCGUCUGGGAAAACAGGUGCAAAGUGCUGUGCUGUUGUGCAGGUUUCGAUGAACACAGCCAGAAUGCCUUCAGUGAUGUAGCACAGAUUAUAGCAGAUUUUUUCAAGGAUGUUGAUUUGACCCCCAGUGACAUCGCAGCAGGUUUGGCUCUCCUCCAAGAAGAUCAGGAUCGACACUGCAUCUCAAGAGACCCCAUGUCCAUAGUAACAACCCAGCCCCAACCCCAUAGAGAUCCUCGCUUGGAGGAUUUGGGAUUAGUUGCACACUACAUGAAGUUUGCCAUGGCGGCAUAUGGCUGGCCUCUGUAUGUUUAUACAAACCCACUUACAUCACUGUGUCAGCUAAGUACUGAAUGCAGCUGUUGCAGCUGUACAUCUGGACAGGUGGAAGGUGGAGCGUUGAUCAUGUCAGACAACUGCUGCAGGUGUCACCUGGCCGGGAUCCUCCGCCACACGGGGCUCAUGGCCACUGAUGUUGUCUAUGCAACAUUCCACAACAAGGUUUAUGAGAUACCAUUUUUUGUUGCACUGGACCAUGACAGGAGAUCUGUAGUUGUGGCAGUUCGAGGGACGCUCUCUCUCAGGGAUGCCUUAACAGACUUGUCAGCAGAGAGUGAGACCAUUGAUGUGGAAGGGGUGGAAGGAACCUUUGCUCACAAGGGAAUUUUGCAGGCAGCCAUCUUCAUCCACAAAAAGUUGGAGGAGGAAAACAUCCUUGCUAAUGCCUUCUGGAAGGUCCCAGACUACAGUUUGGUUGUGGUUGGCCACAGCCUCGGAGCUGGCACUGCCUCCCUGCUGUCCAUCCUGCUCAGACCUGCAUACCCUAGGCUCUUCUGUUAUGCUUACUCACCCCCUGGAGGACUCAUGAGUAAGUCUACAGCAGAGUACACCAAGAACUUCACCUGUUCCAUAGUGCUUGGGAAAGACUUGGUGCCCAGACUUGGCAUCUCUACUAUGGAAGACCUCAAGUCCAAGCUAAUUUCUGCAAUAAACAGCAGUGACAAACCCAAGUACAAGAUCCUGGUAGGCGGGGUGUGGUACACUCUGUGUGGCAGUGCAGAUCCAGCCACUCCCUCAUCCACUGCUGCACCAUCACCAAACUUAACCCAGCCUCUAUUGGAUGAAAUCACUGGCAUGCCUCCUGGAUGUGGCUAUACUAGCCAACCAGAUGACACCUCACUAAGAAGACAGGGAGCAGCUACCCAACCUGCCCCUCUGUACCCACCAGGUCACAUCAUUCAUAUUGUAGAAGUUGAGCCUGCAAGCUCCUGCUUGAGUCAGCCUACGUACGGAGCUGUCCUGGUGGACACCGACUAUUUCACUAACAUCAUCGUCAAUCCCAAAAUGCUGAGUGAUCACAUGCCUGAUGCAGUCAUGAAAGCCCUGGACCAACUGGUGCAAGUCCAAGCAAGAGGACUGCAGCCUUUCCAGCAGCACUGCAGUCAGCCUGUUGUGUAGGACAGAGACCUGCAGCACUGCAGUCAGCCUGUUGUAUAGGACAGAGGCCUGCAGCACUGCAGUCAGCCUGUUGUAUAGGACAGAGGCCUGCAGCACUGCAGUCAGCCUGUUGUAUAGGACAGAGGCCUGCAGCACUGCAGUCAGCCUGUUGUAUAGCACAGAGGCCUGCAGCACUGCAGUCAGCCUGUUGUAUAGCACAGAGGCCUGCAGCACUGCAGUCAGCCUGUUGUAUAGCACAGAGGCCUGCAGCAUUGCAGUCAGCCUGUUGUAUAGCACAGAGGCCUGCAGCACUGCAGUCAGCCUGUUGUAUAGCACAGAGGCCUGCAGCACUGCAGUCAGCCUGUUGUAUAGCACAGAGGCCUGCAGCACUGCAGUCAGCCUGUUGUAUAGGACAGAGGCCUGCAGCACUGCAGUCAGCCUGUUGUAUAGCACAGAGGCCUGCAGCACUGCAGUCAGCCUGUUGUAUAGCACAGAGGCCUGCAGCACUGCAGUCAGCCUGUUGUAUAGCACAGAGGCCUGCAGCACUGCAGUCAGCCUGUUGUAUAGCACAGAGGCCUGCAGCACUGCAGUCAGCCUGUUGUAUAGCACAGAGGCCUGCAGCACUGCAGUCAGCCUGUUGUAUAGCACAGAGGCCUGCAGCACUGCAGUCAGCCUGUUGUAUAGCACAGAGGCCUGCAGCACUGCAGUCAGCCUGUUGUAUAGCACAGAGGCAUGCAGCACUGUAGGACUGAUGUCUGUUCUGCGAUUGCAGCCAAGCUGUAGUUUUCCUUACUUUUGAAUAUGUACCUUUUAUAUAAUUAGAGAGAACACUGUCAUUUUUUAACUAUCUGCAGGACAAAGUGGACCACACCUAGCCUGUCAGCUGGCCAUGCAUGCAGCCGUGUAUAUAGCCAGAAAAUGAAAGGUCAUAAAGCCAUGCAAGGUUGCAAUUGCAAGGAAAAAUGCAGUAAAAGCAGAUAAAAGGUUUCACAUCUUUUAGAGAAAUGUUUGCAUGAUUGUAUAGUUUUGGCGGUGUCAUUUCCAAAAUUUGGUUUGUCCUAUUGAUUGAAUAUGCAACCUCUACAGUAUGUGAUUGAUGUUAUCAUUGUUAUUUAGUUUGUGAAUAUGUAUACAGGUGUUUUGGAUUCAGAUGUUAACUUCAUGUAGAGUUUGAAGAGUCAAAUACAGAAAGGUUCAAGUGAG